AUGGCAUCACCUAACAACGCUUCAGUAGCAGAUAGCCAGGGGGAAAUCGCAGGAAUCGCCUUAUCAAUGCGAGUUCCACCUUUUUGGAGAGACAAGCCACGACUCUGGUUCAUCAGUUUCGAAGCAGCCACUGCUGAUCUCAAAAAAAGUCAGGACCAGUUGGCACAAAUGGUCGUUGCGCAACUACAAAAGGAAGAUAUCGAGCAAAUUUCCGAUAUACUCUUCGAUCCACCGGCAACGGACCUAUACACCGCAGUGAAGAACCGCCUCAUCUCCGCAUACGAAGAAUCUGACAGCCGCCAGCUGCAAAAGCUGCUGUCUGAAAUUGAGCUAGGAGACCAAAAGCCUACUCAGUUACUUCGCCGCAUGAGAUUUCUUGCCAGAGAAAAGGUCCCGGAUUCAACGCUGCGCAUACUGUGGACUAAUCACUUACCAUCACAUGUGCGAUCUGUACUCGCCGCAAGCGAAUCAUUCAGCACGAAGACCGCACUAGACGAGCUCGCUAUAUUGGCCGACAAGAUGGUGGAAUCAAGCCCAAGCUCACACAUCGCAGCCGUCGAAAGCCCCAGUACGAGCGUUCCACCCAGCGAUACGAAGUUCCUAGUCGAAGAAAUAAGGAAGCUGUCACUUGAAGUCGCUGCGUUGAAGAUGGUUCACCAAAACUGCCAACACCGCGGAAGACCAAACUAUCGACGCAAUCGGUCAAACUCGAACGGACGCAGAUCUCGAAGCUCGACACCGUCGCCGUACUGUUUCUACCACCGGCGUUUUGGGGCAGCCGCAAGAAGAUGCACUAAGCCGUGCUCCUACCAGACGAAGCCGGAAAACUAG